UGCCACGCGAGAAGGAGGAUGAGGAGGAGCAGGUUUGUCUAUAAAUUAGAUGGUGAACGCACAGACGCCUCAUACGUCUCCGUUGGAAAAGUGUCUUUUGCAAUGUCUCAACAACGGCGGCGAGUCCCUCUCGGGACACUUUAAGGGACGCGGACGCGAGGAAGCCCUGCGGACGCGGAAGUGCAUUCAGCUGGCCCGUGUGGCAGCCAGCAGCUAGCAGGUUAACAGUUAGCUCCCACCAAAACAACGACAAAAGUGUCGAUGGGGGUGAAUAAAAGAAAAGUGGUGGUAGGUUUCAUGGUCAUGGGGGUCCUAACGCUGGUGUUCGGGACCGUCGUGACCAUCGUGGGUCCACUGAUUAUCGACGACCAGAUCGUCAAGAACACAGUGAUCGACCCCAAGAACGAGGUGUCGUACACCAUGUGGAAGGACAUCCCGGUGCCGUUCUACAUGUCGGUCUACUUCUUCAACAUCCUCAACCCAAAGGAGGUCCUGAACGGCGAGAAGCCAAUGCUGGAGCAGCGAGGACCUUAUGUGUACAGGAAGCAGUGUCAGAAGGACAACAUCACGUUUCAUCCCAACAACACGGUGACCUACCGAGAAUACCGACGCUACUUCUUCGAGCCGAGCAUGUCGGCCGGAAACGAGUCUGACGUGGUCACCAUCCCCAACAUGCUGGUACUGGGUGCAGCGGUGAUGAUGGAGAACCUCCCAUUCGCAGUGCGGCUGAUGAUCAGCGCCACGUUCAAGGCGUUCAAGGAGGGGCCGUUCCUCACCAAGACAGUGGGCGAGCUCAUGUGGGGCUACGAGAGCGGCCUGGUGGACUUCCUCAACAAGUACCUGCCCGGAAUGCUGCCCUCCUCCGGGAAGUUCGGACUCUUCAGCGAGUUCAACAACUCUGACACGGGUCUGUUCACCAUCUUCACGGGCCGGGAUGACAUCCGCAACGUGCACAAGGUCAACUCCUGGAACGGCCUCACCAAGUUGGACUACUGGCGGACGCCUCAGUGCAACAUGAUCAAUGGCACGGCGGGCCAGAUGUGGCCCCCCUUCCUGACCCCGCGCUCAACGCUGCCCUUCUACAGUCCCGACGCUUGCAGGUCCAUGGAGCUGGUGUACCAGCGCCCGGGCAGCAUGAAGGGCAUCCCCUUGUACCGCUACGUGGCACCCAAGACGCUGUUCGCCAACGGCAGCGACUACGCCCCCAACGAGGGAUUCUGUCCGUGCCGCCAGUCCGGUCUGCUCAACGUCAGUAGCUGCCGUCAGAAUUCUCCCGUCUUCAUUUCGCACCCUCACUUCUUCAACGCUGACCCCGUCCUGCUGGACUUUGUGCACGGACUCCAUCCAAAUGAGGACCAGCACGGACUCUUCAUAGACAUCCACCCUCAAACUGGCGUCCCGCUCAACGUGUCCAUCCGCCUGCAGCUCAAUCUCUACAUCAAGCGAGUGUCAGGAAUUACCGAGACGGGAAAGAUCCCCGAGACCAUCAUGCCCAUGAUCUGGUUUGAGGAGAGCGGCUACAUCGACGGUCCCAUCUUGCGCACGUUCUACACCAACCUGGUGGUCCUGCCCGGCGUCAUGGAGGUCAUGCAGUACGGGUUCAUCGCGCUCGGAAUCGUCACCAUUGUCGUCGCCGCGCUUGUCAGGCGCAGACACAGAAAGGUGUCCAUUAAUGAGCCCGCUCGUGGCCACGCCGCCCCGGAGAAAUGCGUGCCGGCUAAAGCAGAAAAGUGAAGCUGACGGCGGCGGCUCUUCAUCGGACCCUUUCACCUACGAAAGACAACCGCUACCACCAGCCCACACUCACUGACACACGCACAUGCAAUCCCGCCUCCCAGCAUCCUGACGCCCGACCGUGCUUUGUCGCCGUAGAAACGUUCAUGAAGCCGGCCGCCGACACCCCCCCCCCCGUAUCACGAUUGGGUGAGGGCGGAAGUUGAGACCGUCGUCGGCAAGGGGGCGGGGUCACGCCAUUUACAGGAAAUCUCCCGGACAUGCUCGCAUGUGAAUUUGACUGUUGUUUCUUUUGUAAGAAAUGUUCAUGUGGAUUACUUAGUUUGUGGACGAAUCACAAUAAACGUGUUGCCAUCCCAACACCACGCCCGCGCUUGUGGGUGUGUGCGUGUGUGUGUGUGUUCAUAGAAUUCUGUUUCUGAUGAAGAUCAAUAAACGUUAAAUGUACAGAA